AUGCGCACCCCUACGCGGGCGGCGUCCCGGCGCCCCUUCGGGCGCCUACAAAUCCUACCGUGGGUCAUCGCAGUAUCGGCGCUCGCAUGGUCGUUGUCAAUGCGCCUUGAGAUGGCCUCGUACAACCACGAGUUGGUCGCCAGGCAGGUGGCCAUCGUGGAGGGCCGGGGUUCAACACCCCGCGGGCACCCCUCGGCGGGACACGACUGCGAGCCUUGCCCGCGGUGUGUCCAGGGGUCGAUGGCGUCAGGAUUGAAGGCCACGGACGCGUCACCCGAUCAUCGCGCCGUGACUUUCGUGCUCGUCGCGACGAUGAACGCAAACAACGGUCCGAGGGUGGCUGCGCUCUUGGCUUCGGUGCAGAAGUACGUCGAGAAAGAUCGAUCUGCCGUGCACACGUUGCUCGCGGUCGUGCCGGAUGCAGAGCUGCGAUGGUGGGAGCUGGCAGCGGCGGCGCUCGGGGAUCAACCCGCCUUUAAGAUUGGCGUGCUCGCGGAAAGCGCAGCUCUCCGCUCGGGCGUCGAGGCGUUGAAACGAGCGGCGCCAAAGACGGGCAGGAGGGAGGCAAGGGGGUUGGGCUACAGGAUCCAGAUGCUGCUGAAACUCGGAGUGGCUGAGCACGUGCCGACUGACUUUUACGUCACGUUCGACUGCGAUGUGGUGCUAGCGAGGCCUUUGCAUCUAGGCGAUCUCGUCAGGAAAGACGAGAACGGGGCGCUCAAGGGUGUGACGCAGGGGAGCAUGGGUGGACCCCAUGCGCAUCGUUGGCUGUCUAGCUCGCUUGACUCGUUCUUCGGUACCAACCCGGGUUCGGCGCAGCAGAAAGGAGGCGUCGACGGCGCGCACGACUGCCGCGUCUCCAAUUUGAUGCACACCGUCGGGGUGACACCGGCGGUGAUGUCGAAGCAUGGGGCUAUCGCUACGCUCAAACGUCUAGAGCGACGCGCAGAGGAGGAAGGGAAACGCGGUUGGGACGAGUACCUGUUCUCGGCGCUGGAGGACGGUUUGGACUGGACAGAGUACGGGCUGUACGCCGCGGGGACGUGCCUCGACGGUUCGUUCAAUCGUUAUCACGUCGUAGAUCCGAAAGUGCGUCUGUACGAUGCCGCGCUGCAGGAGGACGGCAGCAAGUUCAUGGAUCCAAAGGUGAUGAACGAAGCCUUUGGGCCUAACCCUUUCGUUGUUGUUCAGUCCAUCGGCGGCAGCGACGCUACGUCGGCGGCGGAUGCCUUGUACUCCCACCUGGGCAACCCGGCGGUUGAGGCGACUAGAUAG